GCUGCGGGCACUGCGCCCGGCGAGGCGCCGUCGAGACACCACAAAGGCCGGGUUCGUCCCCGUUCCCCUUGCCCUUUCCCGACAUGGCGCCGCCGGCUUCGGCACCUGGAAGCGGGCGCGGCGCCUGCGCGCUGAGGCGGGGCGGCCCCAUUGUGAGGCGCUGAGGGGAUGGAGGAGGACGGCGGCGGGGCGGCGGCGGCGGCCACCCCGGGGGUCCCCUCGGGGCUCUCGGCCUCGCAGCGCCGGGCCGAGCUGCGGCGGAGGAAGCUCCUGAUGAACUCGGAGGAGCGCAUCAACCGCAUCAUGGGCUUCCACCGGCCCGCCGCCAAGGAUGAUGACAGUCACGGAGAAUCAAAACUGCAACAUGAACAAGAUAAAUCAAAUUCCCUUCCUGUUCCUUCAGUUUCAAAGCGAAUUGUGCUGGGUGAUUCUGUCUGCAAUAUGGCCGGACCAGCUGACCACGCAGGCAGCAUGGUAGACCUCAAAGGGGAUAAGGACUUGUUCAGUAAAACCCCAGAGCUCCUCAAUGAGGGCACAAGUGAGCUCCGUCACCGUACCAGAGGGGAGUUGCCGUCUGAAGCUGCACCACGGCCACCUAGACAUGGAUUAGAACAAUACUUAUCCAGAUUUGAUGAAGCUCUGAAGCUGAGGAACCAGCUGAUGCAUGAGAAGCCAAGCCAAGAGAAUGGGAAUGCGGUGGAGGAGUUUGACUCUUUCCGCAUUUUUAGAUUAGUGGGCUGUGCUCUGCUUGCCAUUGCAGUCAGGGCUUUUGUGUGCAAGUACUUGUCAAUAUUUGCACCAUUUCUUACUCUACAACUUGCUUACAUGGGACUGUCCAAGUACUUUCCAAAGAGUGAGAAGAAGGUGAAAACGACGGUAUUAACUGCUGCUCUUUUACUGUCUGGAAUCCCUGCAGAAGUGAUCAGUCGCUCCAUGGACACCUACAGCAAAAUGGGAGAUGUUUUCACAGACCUUUGUGUUUAUUUCUUUACUUUUAUCUUUUGCCAUGAACUUGCUCUGUUUUUUGGUUCUGAAGUACCCUGAUGGCUGUAGAAUUCAAUGCAGUAGUCACACUAAAUCUUUCUGGUCUGUAUUUCUUUAAUGUCUGACUGUGCAGACAGGUUUAAACCUGAAUUAAAAUUCUUACCUGUUGGAAUGCUUGAAAGGAGCCUUAAAUCCAAUAAUUUGGGGAAUAGAACAGCAGGGUCCCAGGCUGCCAGUUGUAUUGGUUUGGUUUAUUUAAAUACUGUGUCUGCCCACUACAAAUGUGAAUAGGAUACAAGUGUCAGUGGAUGAUUUCUUUUGUUCAGGAAGAUGAUACCCUUCCCACCCUCCUUCAUAAACAUUUACAAAGCUGCCUUUGUUCUUCCUGGUGAGAACAAAGAGAAUAGAAUUCCUUUCAGCAGAACCAUUUAUGUAUAUCUAGAAUGACUACAGCUAACAAGAACUACUCAUUUUGUGUUGCUCCUAUUUUUAAGAAAGCUCUAAAUGAAAAUUCCCUGUAUUCUGUUGUUCAAAUUCAGAUUGCUGAACUGAGUAGCUGCUUCUGGAGAAUGUUGGCAAAACAUGGCACUGUUGUCCUAAGCCUUGCCUUACAUACGUUGUUGUGAUUGUUGUUUGUUUCAUUUGAUGGUUAUUGUGCGAAACAGCUAAGCAAAAAAAAAAAAAAAAAAGCAAGCCAAAUGUCCUGUUGCUUAUGAAUGUCAUUAAUCAAUAAGUAGGAAGAAACAAAAUUGUUAAUCACAUCUGUGAGUUUCCAGCAGCCUCAUCCUAGCAUAGCUCGUAAAUGUGCUUCUUUCUGACGUCUUUGAUGCCUUUUUUUUUUUUUUUAACAACAGUUCACCUCAUAAGGGGAAAGUUAUGCAACCAACCUGCAAUACGAAACAUUUGCUCUGUUAUAUGGAAAACAUUUUUUUUUCCAGGACUGCAUAAGACAACGUUGAAUAUGACAUUUCUGCAUUUUUUCCUCUGUUUGUUACCAGACAGUUGCAUGCAAACAGGAUCAUAGUUGCCAAGGUGUUCUGCUGCUGCUGCAUAAUAGUGCUACAACCAAAUUGCAUAAAUGUGCUCUUUGGUUCAGCUCAGCUAUUUAUGUUAACUGAGUUGCAGACUCUUCUGUAGUUUUGAAAUUGCCCCAGUGAAAUCACGGUAGCUAUUCCUGUUUAAAUCCUACAUACUACAAGUGACGAUGAAAUGAGAAGUAAUGUGAUGUUUUGAAUUGACUCACACAUAAAGAUCCACAUUUGAAGAGAGAAUAGCGUGUUUUUUCUGUGGAUGUUCAACCACAGAGCCAAAAAGAAGACGAAUACAAGUGAAUCCUGUCACUGGGCAAAGCAGCAAGCUAGUAAACGUUCUUAUUUUCAAUCUCAUAUAAAUUUUGUACAGUGAGAAGAGGGAGGUAUCAUUCCAAAUAGUCAGCCCUAAAUGCUGAUAAUCUGUGAAAGUUUCUGCUGAAGCUAAACUUAUUUUCACCUUGUAGUUUUCUGUUUAGAAUCUAGACGUUUGGGUAAUGUAGGCUAAUGCCCCUUUUUCAGUUGCAGCAUUUUACUGUAGUUUAGUCUGCAGCAUUUUUUUAGGGAGCAGAAGUGCUUGAUUAUGCUUCUGUAAAGUAUAUACGGCCCUGCUUUUGGCAUAAGCUUUCCUGUUAUAGCUUCCUGCUGUAAUUUUAUCACCGCAUUUCUGACUCCUGAGUUAGGUAUGUUUGUGCCAUGAAAGCAAGAAGCUUAUGUUUGGAUUUGACAAUUUUUUAUUUUUUUACUGAUUAUUUUAUAGUGAAUGUUUUAUUACGGGUGUCCAGGGUUUGGCUGUAAAAGAUUCUGAUUUAGGUCUGUUAGUACAAAUGUAAAUACAUUUAAAGCUUCAGAUUUAGACAAGAAAAGAAUUUCAGCAAAUUGAAAUUGCUGACAUUAAAAUUAAUGUUAAAAUAAUGAGUUUCCUCAAAAGUUACCAUUAUUCUAACCCUCUGUUUAUAUGCCCAACUGUAAUACAAACAAAUUGCAAAAAUACCAUCUACUACCAUCUGCAAAAAAAGCAAUACAUUUUUAAUCCUGGACAUAGAAAAAUUAAACCACCUAGAUAGUAAUAAAUAAAAGGUGAUGCACCCGUUGUAUUUUCACGCAACCCCUUACGCAGUCCUUUCAUGCGAAGAAAGACCAAGCAGGUUGUUUUCUCGAUUGGUGAAAGAAAUCAUGCCAGGAGAGCUGAUCUGGAACUCAGUCUGUAAGCACUUGUUUUUACCCGACAAACUUCCAAACGGGACUGGGCAGCAGCCUGCCUGCCUGCUGGGGAAGGCAAAGCGAGCCCGGGUGGGACUUCUGCUGCACGACUUCAUCCUUGGACAAGAGCCGAACCUCCUUCAUUCCAUUUUCCCUCAUCUUCCUCUGUGUACGUUAUUUAAUGUAUAUUGCUGAACUUAUUGUUUUCUAUUAAAAUUAUAUUUGUUACCCCCUUC